UCACAUUCAACAGGAUCAGCGGAACUGAGCAUACUCAAAGACUAAAACCCAGAAACGUUCCAAGGAUGAAGACAUUCAACUUUGCAGUUGCUGUGAUCAUUACGCUCGCCUUGUUCAUUAUUCGGGAGGCUUACACCUUCCCAUUUAAUGAUGAUGUGGCUCGUGACCAGGAUUGGUGGGAUGCAAGAAAUGAUAUGGCUGCUGAAUUUCAUGAGUUGCCAGCAGACCCAGUGGAGAUGGCAGACGUCAACAACAGACAGAAACGCCACAGCGACCCUCGCGAAUGUCGCGUUUGCUGUGACUGCUGUGGAGGAGAGGGGUUCUGUGGUCUCUGCUGCGAAUGGACAUUCUAGGAAUUGUCUGGAAUUAUCAACGCAAUUAGUAGCCUAAAAAUGAAUCUGUUCAGGCUUCUUGUGGCUGGAAACAUCUGCAUUCAGUAGAUUUGGUCAUUCUGACAUGCUCAUUUCUGUUACUGUAUGGACAAAAUAACUAAUGUAAUAAUGUAACUAAUCAUAACCAUGUCUUGAUUUUCACAAUAAAUUUUAACAAAAAGCAUGAUGCAUCAGUGUUUGUUGAAUGGCCUAUAAAAAUGCACACAAGUGACGCAUUCAUUCAUUAUUUUCUUGAUAUGGCUGGAGGAAAAGGCAUUUAUUAAUUGGCAGAGCAGUAUUAAAUGUCAGCAAGUUUGUAUUAGGAAGGGGGACAUGCUUACUUCACAAGAUGAUUUGUUUUCUGUCUGACGUUUCAUACAGAGCAGUAGUCCUAAAAGUUACUCCUAACUGUGCA